AUGGGUGUCAAGCUUAGACUCCCGCGUACCUUUAGGUCGCUGGCGGUCAAUGAUGAUGACCAAAAUGCUCGCUGGGCUAACAGAGAUAUCCUCCCUGUGCCAGUUGAGGAGCAAAAAUACAACUGGCAGGCCUACUUUGCUUACUGGUCCACUGUUGGCAUAAACACCACAGCAUGGUCUAUAAGUUCUUCUCAACUUUCCAAUGGUCUGGAUGCUGCUUCUGCUAUUGGUGGUGUUCUCGUCGGAUCCUGUUUCUCUGCCAUUGUCGCCCUUCUCUCUGGAGAGGCUGGUAUACUCUACCGCCUCGGAUUCCCAAUGCUCAGUCGAUCCACCUUCGGCAUGUACGGAUCCUACUUCGUCAUCGUGUUGAAGUGUUUCGUCAAUAUUAUCUUCUUCGGCAUUCAAUCAUACUGGGGCGGACAAGCGGCGGCAGUGGUUCUCUCGUCCAUUUUCCCAACCUUUGCCCACAUGAAAAACACCUUGUCGGCAUCUGCUGUGAUCGAAACCCCGCAAUUAGUCGGCUUCGUCAUCUACAUAGUCAUCUUCACCUCGCUUAUGUUCAUCCACCCUUCCAAACUACAGCCACUGUUGUUCUUCUCGCAGAUUUUGGUUGGUUGCACGAUGCUGGGAAUCUUCAUUUGGGCCAUGGCAAAGAAUGGAGGCGCUAGCAUUUUACCCCCUUCGAAAGAAAUAUCCCACAGCGAGCGCUCCUUCCGUACCCUUGCAGCCAUGAGUUCAGUGGCUGGAUCUUGGACAGGGUCAUCAAUCCGACAGGCUGACUGGACUCGAUAUGCUAAGAAGAGAAGCUCCUUCUUAUGGCACCAGGGAAUCACUGGUCCCAUUGCCUUGACUUUUUGUGCAGUUCUCGGUAUCUCAACCACGAGCGCUGUCAAGAACAUGUAUGGAGAGUCCAUUUGGAACCCUAUCAGUCUUCUGCAGUACAUCCAGAAACACGACUACAGCGCAACCACACGAGCUGGAACAUUCUUUGCCGGAGCUGGCUUCUUUGUUAGUCAAGUCACGAUAAACUUGGUGCAGAACUCUGUUUCCUGUGGCAUGGACUUGGCCUCACUCUGGCCAAAGUACAUCGAUGUUACCCGUGGUUCCUUGAUCAUGUGUGUUGUUGGAUACGUGAUCCAGCCAUGGCGAUUUGUAGAGGCGCCCGGCGUUUUCAUUUCUGUCUUGAACUCGUUUGGAAUGUUCAUCUCGCCUCUUGCCGGCAUCAAUUCUGUUGACUUCUGGCUUGUCCGUCGGAAGAAUUGGAAGGUCCCAGACCUUUACAUCGGUAACUCUAGUUCCAUUUACUGGUACACUUUCGGCUGGAACUGGAGAGCCAUGUUGUCUUGGUGCCUCGCAAUCUGGCCCUCUUUCCCUGGCUUUAUCGCAAGCGUUACCAGCACCACAGGCUCCAUGGCCGUUGGAUGGACCCGCACAUUCCAGGUUUCAUGGAUCGUCGGCUUCUGUGGUGGUGGUGCAGUUUACUUCCUGAUAACACUAGUUUUCCCACCUCCCGGUGGCAAACCAUACGAGAGAGAGCUUCUAGAUGUUGAGGGUAUCGCUAUCACAACAGGCUUCUCAGACAAUGACAAUCCGGAGAUCCCCACAGAUUUCAAGAGUGGGGGCAUAUCUCAUGCUGUUGACAUUGAGAAGAAUUCAGAUUAG